CAAUUCAAUCAAAUCGGAGCCUCUCCGUCUCCUCUCUCCUCUCCACAUAUCAAAACAAAAUCCCGCCCUAGUCUCUUCCACUCUCUUCUCUCCCAAAAAUCAAUCGCUGAAGUUGAACGCGAAGGAGAACGUCGAACAGAGGUGCCGAGGUUGAAUGCGAGGGAGAAGCGAAGCUAGAACGUCGGCAAUAACAGCGAAGCAGAACGAUCAGUUUUGAGGUUUUCUUCAAGGAGAUUGCCUUGUUUUUCUACAAUAUGACUGAGGUGUGCAUAGAAGGAACUAUAUCGGGUGUGGGUUGGAUCCAUAAAGACAGGUGGUUUUUCUGAGAAAGGAAUUAUAGCCGUUGGAUGAGCCUCGGACAAGUGUCGAUCGCCCAGGUAACAAGGGACAAUACCUUUGCAAUCAGAGCUAAAGAGACGAGCCGGAUCACACAACACGCUCGUCUUACUUACUUUUUCAACAAAUGCCAAGAAGCAAAAGAGAUAGGGGUUUAGGGUUUUGCUCCACCUUCUAACGGUCAAACCCAACUUCUUCUCCAUUUCCUCUCUACUGUGAUGAUCCGUUUUGGGCCACUGGGACGACUCAACUAACUCCUCUUGACUGUGCAUUAGUGUUCCAUUAUAGGGCAUUAGAUCCGUUGAGCGGAUUCAAAAGUGUUGUUUUUUUCCAUCGAUAGAACCCAGGAUCUAUUGUUCUUCAAGUUCAAGUUCAAGUUCAAGUUCGACUGUUUGGAUCUGGUGCAAACCUGUGUUUUGAACCUCUAAAACUCUCUUCCAUAUAUCUGUCUCUUAAGGAACAAGAAAUAAAAUCACUUUGCCCAUGGCAUCUGUAAAAGAGAUCCUAACUCGCAAGCCAGUGUCUGCUACAAUCCGGCUAACUGUUCCUGCUGGUGCUGCUCGACCAGCCCCACCUGUUGGACCAGCCCUGGGUCAGUAUCGUCUUAACCUAAUGGCCUUCUGCAAGGACUUCAAUGCUCGAACUCAGAAGUACAAACCCGACACCCCGAUGGCAGUUACCAUCACUGCUUUCAAGGAUAACACCUUUGAAUUCACAGUUAAGUCUCCUUCCGUCACUUGGUACCUAAAAAAGGCAGCUGGAAUUGAGUCUGGAAGCAGUCGCCCUGGCCAUGUUGUCUCAUCAGUCUUAACUCCAAAGCACAUAUAUGAGAUAGCUAAGAUAAAACAGUCUGAUCCCUAUUGUCAGUACAUGUCAUUGGAGGCAAUCUGCAAAUCAAUCAUUGGAACUGCUAAUACUAUGGGCAUUAAGCUUCAGAAGGAAUUAGAUUAGUUUGAUUUAAGAAUUUGGGUUUUUUCACCGUGUUGAACAGAUGAGAGUUUGACGUCAGGGAUAUAUCCUCCCAUUCAUUCUGUUGUAGUCUUUAAUCCAUUUUUCUUUUCUUUUUUUCUUUUUUUUUGUUUUCUCUCCUUUUUAUGAAAUUCUCCUUCAUCCAAUCAACAUUAACAUGUAAAAAAUGGUCUGUGACUGUGUGAUCUGUGUUCAAGGCAUGGUUUCUGAAUGAAGAUUGAUUUCUGAAACUUAAUAGAAAA